AUGGUGAAGCAGUUUUCAUUCCUCACUCACAAACUGCACGUGCUGACUUGCCUAUUCUAUUUCUCUCUCACAGUGACAGUGACAGGAUCACCCUGUGGCCCCAUGGAUGUGAUUGUGAAGCCCUCAACCCCUCUUGUUUCCUUUCUCGAACGCCUCCAAGAAACCGCAUUCAAUACCUUUGGCGAAUCGCACUUCGAUCCUAAAACCUACGUGGACUUGCCUCUCAAGUCCAACCUGUCUGUCACUGAGAACGCAUUCCAGAAGCUUCCAAGGAACGCAAACGGGACCGUGUCGGUUGAGGAUUUGAACCGUUUCAUAAAAGCGUACUUCGAAGGUGCAGGGGAUGAUCUGGUGUACUUUGAACCAGAGGAUUUCGUUCCCGAGCCAGAGGGUUUCUUGCCCAAGGUUAAGCACCCUGAGGUUAGGGCCUGGGCCCUGAAGGUCCAUUCCCUUUGGAAAAACUUGACCCGGAAAAUAUCCGCUCGGGUCAAGACCCACCCACAGUUGCAUACUCUUCUUCCUCUGCCAGGUUCUGUUGUGAUUCCUGGGUCGCGCUUUCGUGAGGUUUAUUACUGGGAUUCCUACUGGGUAAUUAGGGGCUUGCUGGUGAGUAAAAUGUAUAAGACUGCAACUGCAAUUGUGACUAAUCUCAUUUCCUUAAUACAAGAAUAUGGAUUUGUGCUUAAUGGUGCUAGAGCAUACUACACUAACAGGAGUCAGCCUCCCCUUUUAAGCGCUAUGAUUUAUGAGAUAUACUGUAGCACUGGUGAUAUAGAAUUAGUUAAAAGAUCUCUACCUGCACUACUAAAAGAGUAUGAGUUUUGGAAUUCAGAUAUACAUAAAGUGAGCAUUCGGGAUGCUCAAGGUUGCACUCACACCUUAAAUCGUUAUUAUGCAAUGUGGAACAAACCCAGGCCAGAAUCAUCCAUAAUGGACCAGGAAUCUGCCUCCAAGUUCUUGAAUGUUUCAGAAAAACAACAUUUUUACCUUGAACUGGCAUCAGCUGCUGAAUCUGGAUGGGAUUUCAGCACAAGAUGGAUGAGAGAUCCACCUGAUUUCACAACAUUGGCCACAACAUCUGUAGUACCUGUUGAUUUAAAUGCAUUUCUACUUGGGAUGGAACUUAAUAUUGCCUUCUUUGCAAAAGUUACUGGAGAUAAUAGCACUGCAAAGCACUUCCUGGAAAUUUCUCAUGUUAGAAAGAAUGCAAUGAACUCUGUUUUCUGGAAUGUAAACAAGAAACAAUGGCUUGAUUACUGGCUCAGCAAUGACACAUGUGAGGAGGCUCAAGUUUGGGAAACCCUGCACCAGAAUCAAAAUAUAUUUGCUUCCAAUUUUGUUCCUUUGUGGAUGGAGCCAUUUUACUCAGAUACUUCGCUUGUGGGUGGUGUUGUUGAAAGUCUCAAAACUUCUGGCCUGCUUCGUGCUGCUGGAAUUGCAACUUCUUUGAGUGAUUCAGGACAACAGUGGGACUUCCCAAAUGGUUGGGCCCCGCUUCAACACAUGCUAGUUGAAGGCCUGAUGAAAUCAGGGUCGAAAGAAGCAAGAUUAUUGGCUGAGGAAAUUGCCAUCAGAUGGAUCACAACCAAUUAUAUUGUUUACAAGAAAACUGGUGUAAUGCAUGAAAAGUUUGACGUGGAGCAUUGUGGAGAAUUUGGUGGUGGGGGUGAAUAUGUACCUCAGACUGGUUUUGGCUGGUCGAAUGGUGUUGUGUUGGCAUUCUUGGAGGAGUUUGGAUGGCCUCAAGAUCGGAAUAUAGAAUGCUGAUGUGUUCAGAAAUUAAAUGGUGAAAAAAAAGCUUGGUAUGCUGCUAGAAUUUACUCAUGAAGGAUAUUUGCGUGAUUGCCAAAUAAAUUUGUG